AUGGCGACGGGCGAAUCGUGUGAAACCCAGCUGCAAGCUGCUUAUGGAGGUGUCGAGGGUCCAAAUGCUAUGUAUGUAAAGUUGGUCUCCUCGGAUGACCACGAAUUUUAUAUUAAACGUGAAUAUGCUCUUACAAGUGGAAUCAUUAAAGCAAUGCUUUCAGGGCCUGGUCAAUUCCAAGAAAAUGAAGUUAACGUAGUUCACUUUCGCGAGAUUCCAUCACACGUGCUGCAGAAAGUCUGCAAUUACUUUGCAUACAAGGUCCGCUACAGCAAUUCUUCCUCUGAAAUCCCUGAAUUCCCUAUAGCACCGGAAAUUAGCUUGGAACUCCUGAUGGCUGCCAACUUCCUGGAUUGUUAA